UGUAAACCUUCCAUUACGUCUGUAGGGUUGAAGGACGCAACCCUUUUGUUUAUGACCCACGCUGAAAGUUAUUUUUGCUCACAUCAUAGGUAUAAAAACGAGAAACACUUUAUUUGUACUCUUAAUAAGUUACAAUUGAAUUUCUACAAUAUGAAAACAAUAUACAGUUUUGUCUUUAUAGCAGUUAUUGGAACCCUCACAUUAGCUGAAAGUGGAAUACGCUUACAAGGCUCGCAGCAAAAUUACCAAUCAGGACAUCAGAGAGGCUUCUAUGAUAAUACACAAGCCAAAUAUUACAAGGCAAAUCCGAAAUUAGUCGAAACAACAGCAUCUGGGAAGCUGAAUCUACCUCUGAGCCAGAAAAUGAAUGUUUCAGCGUGGGGAAUAAUUGCAAUAGUUUUAGGUGUAAUUAUAUUCAGUACAAUAACAUACUAUGUGUUCAUAUUAUAUCCAUACAUAUGUAAGAAAGAGCAAUCCUAUGAUACUAUGGAGUUAACAGAUGUUAAUUCAGUGUGCACUGUUAGUGAUACUCCUAACAUGCCAUUGUAUAAUCCAAACAACAUAGCAGGCUAUGUAUCAGUAAUUCGUUAAAACAGAGGAGGAUAAUUGUAUGUUUAUUUUAGAAUUACGUGAACGAUACAUUCGCUUAAGAUAUUGAUAUUUUUAUACAAACUUAAUGACUAUUUCAAAAUAUUUGAAUGGAAAAAUAUUAGAUGGUGAGAUUAUUAGCAUUUUUUAUAUUUUUUUUUACACACAGUAUAUAAUAUAGGGUAAAUUAUAGAUUUUUAUAAACUUUACAAGCAUUUACAGCAACUGGUAUAGAAAUAAUUUUUUUUAUUGCAAUUUAUAUAUCAUUAUUACGCGAUAGGAGAGAUUGUAAUUGUAUUAGAAAAUUAUUUCAAACACAUUACAGCUCACACGCGAGAUAUCUCAUUUAUACACUUUCUUAUAAUUACAUAUUGAUGAUGAAUACUGAACAAACGAGUGUUAGAGUGCAGAAAAAGAUGAUAUUUCUGCAUUGAAAGGAGUUUUAAUACAUUUGUGUAUGCAAACUGUGAAAACGAAAUGCCGUACGCAAUGUAUUAAAAACAAUGUUAAUUCUAUUUAAAACAUUCGUAUAUGGGGGCAUGUGAUUAUUUAUACAAUAUACAUUAAUCUGGAAGACUCUACAUAAACGAUACAUUUGAUUAAUUGAAUGACAAUAAGCUUAAUGUUAUGGAGCGCUAACACACAUUAGAACGAUAGACUGAUUCUCGUUAUUUCUGAAUUUGGUCCCGUUACAGGGAGAACCAAGUAGUUCUGCAGAGUGUACACCAGUGAAUUCUCUUAAAGCUAUUAGAAUAUAUAUUAAAAUCGCAAUACUCAUAAAGAAAAGACUUGUAAAAACAUAUACGUAUAAAUGUAUGACAUAUAUUUAUUACAAAUAUGAAAUAUAUAUAUAUAUGACUUUA